CUUCAUUCUUCCGCUAUGGUGAGAGCUCUCCGUGGUGCUGAAACCACUCUUGAGUGAUAAUGGACCCGCGAUCUGAGGGAUCAGAACCCCAGUCCAAGGGAUCUGAUUAUGUUCCCAACAGUCUUCCUGUUGUUCCGGGGCCUAGGUCAGAACUGUGUGUGUCAGAGGCUCAUGGCCAGCAGCUACUGAGCAUGCUCAGAUCGUUUAGAGAGAGAGGCCUGCUGUUUGACUUUACUAUAACAGUCCAGGGCCAGAAAUUCCCUUGUCACCGCUGUGUCCUGGCAGCCUGCAGCGACUUCUUCAGGGCCAUGUUUGAAGUGGACAUGCGUGAGUGCGGCGAUGGGAUGGUAACCCUGAGUAACCAGUCACCCGACGCUGUGCGCUACUUCCUGGACUUCUGUUACUCUGGAAAGAUUGUCAUCACCCAGGAAAACAUAGACAUGCUGUUUCAGCUGGCCUCUUUCUUACAGGUAUCAGUGCUCUCUAGAGCCUGUAGUGACUUCCUGGUUGGAACCCUGGAACUCUCAAACUGCCUGACACUAUUGGCCCUUGCCGAGGGAUAUGGCUCAGCUUCCCUACUCCAGCGAGCCACUGACUUUGUAGUUCAGAACUUCUAUGACCUCUCAAUGACCCCGGACUUUCUGGACAUGUCGGUGGCCACUCUGGAGGUGUGUCUGGAGUCGGACGAUCUGGGUGUGCCCAGUGAAGAAAUGGCGGUGAGGUCUAUGCUAAAGUGGAUCGCUCACGACCUAUGGACCAGACAGGCGUUGUUAUCACGGCUGCUUACACUGCUCAGACUACACCACGUACCCACACCAACACUGCAGGUCCUUGCCCGUACUGAUGAUCUUCUGUCAGGCGACAAGUUAUGUGUUUGUCUGAUAAGCGAUGCCCUAAGCAGACAGACACAGCUGAGUGGUCUGUUGCCAGAUGCCAGACCUGCAACCACACAUUCUUACAUCUAUGUCCACAAGACUGAGGAGAAUGGAGAGACAUACCAUGCUUUCUGCUACUGCCUGGACACAGACCAAUGGAGAGAGCUCCCUCAGGACCAGGGGGUGGGGACAAGUGUGAUCCCUGAUCCCCCAGGUUCUUCUGUCACCAGCUAUGCUGAGAAAUUAUUUGUGACAGGUGGUUGUCGGGGCAACUGUUGCCGUACAGUGCGUCUUCAUGUGGCAGAGCCGUUCCAUGAUGCCACAGCAGAGGUCUGGUGCUACUGCCCCAUCACACACAGCUGCACUCCUGCUCCUAACAUGGGGAAACCUCGUACCAUGCAUUCAGCUGUCACCACACUGGGCAGGCUGUACGUGAUUGGAGGGAGGACCAGAGGAGAGAGAGAAGGAGGCCUAGUGGAGGUGGAGUACUAUAACCCUCAGGCCGAAACCUGGACAGCUGUCAGCCCUCAGCCCACAGCUAUCUACUUCCCAGAAACCAGUGUGUGCGGCAGCGUAAUCUAUGCGUUGGGGUCUUCAGUGGAGAUAUCAGACUCCUUUAACCCUUUGCUGGACUGUUUUCUGCGCUAUGACGCCGUCUUGGAUCAGUGGAGUCGCUUAGUGGCAGAAUUCGGACAGUUCUUCCAUGCCACCUUGGUCAAGGCUGUGUCUGUCAACCACACUCUACACCUCUGUGACCUGUCUACCUAUAAGGUAUACAAGUUCUGUCCGGAAACAUGUGUGUGGCAAGGGGAGGGGUCAUUUGAGUGUGCCGGGUUCAACGCAGGUGCUGUUGGUGUGGCCAACCGAAUAUACAUCCUGGGAGGAGACUACUCACCUGACGAGAUCACUGAUGAAGUCCAGGUGUACCACAGUGGGCAGGGACAGUGGGAGGAAGUGAUGCCAAUGCCACACCCCUUGACAGAGUUCCACUGUCAGGUCAUCAGUUUCAACAGAUACAGAGACCCCUGGGGAGGGCAGGAUACAUAACCCCCCCCCCCCCCACAACAACACACACACACACACACACACACACUGGGACUAAAAUGCUGAACUCUGUAUCAUUGAGUUUUUUCAUGAUCGUAUCUCAGAUUUAUAUGCAACUCAUUGUUAAACUUAAAAAAAUUAUAUAAAAUGAGAGAAUGAGAGAAUGCCAAGAGUGCGCAAAGCCGCCAUCAAGGAAAAGGGUGGCUACUUGAAGAAUCUACAAUAUUAAAUCUAUUUUAAUUUAUUUAACACUUUCCUGAUUUAUGUGUUAUUUCAUAGUUUGAUUUCCUCAAUAUUAAUCUUCCUUGGAAAAUAGUAAAAAUAAAGAAAUACCUUUAAAUGAG